CCGCCCCCCGCUGUCCCCCGCUGCCCCCACCGGACAGCCCCUGGUGGGUCCCAGGGCACCGCCGGUCGCAGUCUCUUGAGUGUGGGGCACAUCAGUGGUUGCACAUCUCCCGCCGACCUCUCAUCUCCACAAUGGCCGCUGACCUGUCAGGAAAGGACGUUGAACGCGCCCAGUUCGUGUUCUCCAUCUACGACUCAGAUGGCACCGGUGCCGUCGACUGCUGCGAGCUCGGCGGUGUCCUCAGGGCCCUGAACCUGAACCCCACCUGCGCCACCAUCGAGAAGCUGGGCGGCACCAAGAAGAAGGGCGAGAAGAAGCUCACCCUGGACGAGUUCCUGCCCAUCUUCAGCGCAUGCAAGAAGGACAAGGACCAGGGCGUGUACGAGGACUUCCUCGAGUGCCUGAAGCUGUACGACAAGGCUGAGAACGGCACCAUGCUCGGCGCUGAGCUCUCCCACACCCUCCUCUCCCUCGGCGAGCGCCUGGAAGACAAAGAGGUCGAUGAGGUCCUUAAGGACUGCCUGGACCCCGAAGACGAUGAGGGCAUGGUCCAAUACGUUCCAUUCCUCAAGAAGCUGAUGGCGGCUUAAAUCAACAUUCUAAAGGAAGACACCUUUCUCCAGAGGAUGUGCGGUAAGAUCCCUCUGAAGGACGGCACCAGGGCAACCGGUGGCGAAUAAACACUGGCCACACCACACGGCCCACCCUGGGCCCUCUGCAACCGGCCGCACGCCGAACAACACCAAGAACAACAUCAACGCAACUCAAGGACUGUUAUACCAUCUGCAUUAUCGGGAUCGACAUUCAAAAAAAAGUUUAUAUUUCUUCCAACUAAUUAUUGUUAUUUUUUAUUUAUAAAUUAUUUUUCAUCAAACAUCUGUGAGAUUGUCCCACCUCCCUCGCCUCGCUUUGUGGCUGCCAACGGUUUCGAUCAAUUUGUGAUACGCAGGAGCUUGCCAUUUUUUGACCGUCGGGUCGGCAGCCACGUCGCCAAAAUUAAAAAGAACUGAAAAGAAGAGAACGUCAUUGUGGGGACACAAUAAAGUGUACAAAACCAUCCAUUUCUGAAAA